AUGAUUGGGUAUGGUACUGGUGAUCAGGCUAUUGCUAAUGAAGUUGAGGAUGGUGAUUAUCGUUUGAAUACUAGUUUAGUAUCAUAUGACGCAACAGAUAAUGCAAGCGCAAAUCACGUUGAAAACCAUAAAACUAUGGCUCAGGAAUCAGUUGAAUCAGGUGACGUGGAGCCGGUACGACAUGAUGGUGAACUAGAUGUCCCGAACGAAGAGGAAAAUGAGCAGCUGGAGUCUGUUCUUAAACAGUCUGUUGUACAUGAUGCGUCAAAUGUCUAUUUAUAUACACAACAACAACAAAAUGUGAACAUUGUAACUACAAGUGGGGAAGUAGAGCGUGAUAGGCUAUCAGAUCAUCGAGGUGGUGACAAGGUAGGCGGGGAAAUGUAUUCUAAAGGUCAAUAUUUUGAUGCUGGAAAUCUUGACUUUACUACUACAGACCAGGUAGCGUUGGAGAACGAUAAUAGUCUUAGUGAGCCUGCGGAGCAGCCUUUUUACGUCAAUGCUAAGCAGUAUUACCGGAUUCUUAAGCGUCGGUAUGCUAGGGCUAAGCUGGAGGAAAAUCUAAAGAUCUCUAGAGCCAGGAAGCCAUACCUUCAUGAGUCUAGGCAUAAACAUGCUAUGAAAAGGCCACGAGGCCAAGGAGGGAGGUUCUUAACUGCAUCUGAGAUAAAUGAACUGAAAAAACGCGAAAAUUCGGGCUCUUCCGAGAAGGAAGAGCAGCUAGAGGCUGAUUUGCCAUCUUCUUCGCCGAAGGAGCCUAGGAAACCGCAAUAUCAAACACCACAUAUCCAGCCACAAGUUUCGGGUAUGAACUCCAAUAAUAAGGCUGAAUCACAGGCAGAGGGCAACCGGUAG